GGGGGCUGGCGGCGGGGCGGCUCGGCACAAAGGGAAGGCGGGCGACAAUGGGGAGCGCCGCGUAUGGAAAACACGGGCGGGCUGUGAAUGAAACUCUGGCGCCAGUGAGAGUGGAAGGCUUGGUUUGGGGUAGACUUCAAACCACUCUAGGCUAUAGUUUGCAUUCCUGCUCCUGCAUGCGAUGUGGCACACUUCUGCAAAAUUAAUACAUUAGCCUGGCUAAUGCUCACCACCAUUGGCUGCGCGGAAAAUGUGCAGGAUCGGGGAUUCGGGCUUGACUUUUUUUUUCUUGCAUUCAUCUAAGACAUCUUUCUUGUUAUGUGGGAAUAAGUAAAGGACGCCAUGUUGUGCCUUUUUUUUUUUUUUUUUUUUUUUUUUUUUUGGUUGAAUUUUACCUUCGGGCAUACAGUGUGUUCAAAAGAAAAAGGCAGAAGUUGAGUGACCGGGUGCGUUGCUCGCUGGUGAUUUCCCUGACCAUCAGUAGGGAAAAGCAUUUGGGUGACGUGAAACUUGCACUAAAUAGACUGGAGUCUGCCAGAGAGGCGGAUUGCUGGGGGGGAAGAGGGGGAGGAAGGAGAAAGCCUUUCCUUUUUUUUUUUUUUUUUUCUUUUUUUUGAGGGGGGGUGGGGGGGGAGGCAACCAGAGCUCCAGAGGGAGUUCCCCUUUUGCUCCCCUCCUCCCCCCCACCCCCCCGCAAAAGUUUUGGGCAUCAUCUCCUCUGUGUGUCGGUGCAGCGUUCAGUAAAUCAGCGUGGAGGUGUGUGCAAAUGUUUAUGCACUUUUAAUUUUGGAGCCCCCGAGCCCCAGGUUUGUAGCCCCCCGGCCCGCUUUGUCUCUGGGCUGGGAGCAGGGCGUAGCGAGUUGCUCGGAGUGGCUCUGGGGGCAGACCCGAGCGGUCGCCGUCCCCGUGUAGGCAGACAAAGGUAAUUGCCCGGUCUGGCCGUGCCCCGCGGCCGCAGACGCUGCCCUGGAGCCACGGCGGUGCCGGGGGAGCUUGUGGCCCGCAGUGCCGAGCAUGGGGCGGUCGGGGGGAUGCAGUGGGUGAAUUUACCCUGCUGGUAGAGCAAUGCAGGUCCCUGGGGAGGAAGAGCAGCUUCCCGGCGGUGCCGGGGGCCCGGGUGGCUCCUGCGGCCCGGCCCGCCCCCAGCCCGGCUCCCCGGAGAGCAGCUCCAUGGCAGGUCCGCAAACCUGCCGUUUUCAUCUCACGUCUUAAAUGUGCAUGAAGGAAUUAAACUGCACGAGUGAAUAACAGCAUUAGUUUCAAUUAAUUUUUAUCCUGGCAACAAUAAACUUUAGAAACAAAGCGCUUUUACAUCCUUAAUUAGUCUUGCUUCCCAUCUGUAGGCUUUUAAGUGCCUGCUCCUUGAUUUAACUUUGUCCCUCCUUCAGAGCCGCCUCCUUUUUUAUUAUUUUCUUUUUUUUUCCCCCGUUCCCCUUCCAGACUGCUGCCUGUUUCUUUCCUGCAACCUUUCACCUCCCUUGUCCCUAUCUGUCUGCUCUGCUCUGUGCAGUUUAUUUCUCCUGUAUUUUCCCAACAUCAACAGCAGUAUUGGUUACCAUGGCCCCAAGCUAUGUGCAGAGGUGGGAAAGCUUCAUCCGCCCAAAACUUCUUACACUUUUGAAGUCUUUCUUUUAGUAGGAUCUGAAAUGUAUCAUCUAGAGUGUGUAUUAAAUGAACAGUAUUCCUGAAGGCUUUAGAGCAAGAAAGGCAACACCCUGGAAAAUUCUGCAGUCUUUCAGCAUUCUCUGCCCUAGGGUUAUAGCCCUGGGCACGGAGCUGAAUGGAGCUCUUACAACUGCCUUCUGUUUACCUUUUAUGGUUAAAAUAACAGCUUAGCAAAGAAGCAACUUCAUGGAGAAACGAUUCAGUGAAAUCAUCUCAAGCUGUAGCAGCAUAGCUAGUUUAAUCACCCCUAGAGAGCUGAACAACUGUGAGCACAAUGGGACACAAAAUCAUUUUGUGUGUAAAUGAGCAUGGCAUUGUGAUUAUUUCACUUUGCAUGGGCAAAUAGUUUUUACAAGCAGUUAGCUUAGGAAGGCAGAAAAAGAUAAGCUGGCUCUGAAAGAUCUUGGUGUGUAAUGUUUGAAAAACUAAAUAUUCACAUAAUUUGGGAAUCAGGCUCUAUUGAUUUUGCCUUCAGCAGGUUCCUGUGUUACUUAUUAGAGCAGGGUUAUUGCCUGUGCCACUAGUUGGGAUGCUGUAUCCUGUUGUAGGCAACUAAAGAGCAAGGAUUAUUUUACAUGGUUUAAUAAAUGAAGUUUGUUAGUGUUUCUGUGAUAUUUACCCUUAAGGUUUUAAUUUUCUCAUCCAUAUUAGAAAAUAUGUGCAUAAAGGCUUCCACUGGAUAAAUACAUUUAGGAUUUUGCUUUGUGCAUAAAAUAAGUACAUUACUCAGUGUGAUGAAUUUUUGCUGUGUGUUACAUUAAGAAGAGGAAGGAGUCAUUAGAAAUAGGGUUAUGGUACCUUAAGAAACAGGGGGUAUUUUUUUUGGAGCAGUAGUGCUUAGCAGUCGUGCCUCUUGAUAAUUUGCUCAUACAAAAAUGAUUGAAUUCCACAAUUUUAAUAAAAAUCUAGGAUUCAUUUUUUAAUAUAAAUCCUCUCUAGCCAGUGUUUGAAUUCCCCUUCUCCUCCUCUCCCCUCAAAAGCCAGUGGCACCCUCAAUAAGUAAGAAAAGCCAUAAAAGUUUGAGAACUAUUUUAGCUUUCCAGUGAUUUUCUAUAAUUAAGUGUUUUUUCAACACAUGCUCUAGCUGAGAAAUGCCAAAAGCAGAGGAUUGUUCAGAAGGUCCCUCCAGUGAAUAGUAUAAAUUAAAUAUCUACUGUGUGAGUAUGGCCUCACUGAGAAUCUCAGUCUUUACAGAUCAAGGAAUUUACUGGUAUACUAACAUUAAACAAAAUCCUGAGAUAGCAGCAGUGUUUAAAUAUGCACAAAUAGAUUCAUAUCACUUGAUCUUUAGCUAUCUGUGCAUAUUUUAAAAUUGAUGUCUGUAUUUCAAGACAAAUGGUUAAAUGUAAGACACAUUUACAGAGGACUGUAAGUCCUUUGAUUUCAUUUGGAAAUUGUAACAAGGGGUGCAGAUGAGCCCUAAUUAGACUCUUGUUUUGUGAAACUGCAUGAGAUUUAUUUCUAAGGCGGCCCUGUACUGUGCAAGGUCUGUACCUUUAUCAUUAGUGAAAAUGGUUGGGGUCUGAACAAAGGCAGGGUUGACAUUCAGCCUGGAUCUUCUGACCCUUUCAUUUUAGUGGAGGAGUAGAGACUGAACAUGAGUUUACAGUGCUCUUUGGUAAGGAAAAAAACCAGCAACCUUUGUCUGUGUUGGCAGACUGAUCAGUAAACAUGUUGCUAAAAUACUGCAGGUACUUACAUAUUAAGUUGUUUUUGAAAGUUAGGUGUUUUAUUUAUGCUAUAUGACAUAUUUACUGAAGGUUGGCCACAGCAAGCUCUUGUGGGAAACAAGAAAGCAACAUCUUCAGUGAUGAAAGGAUUCAGUCACUUUCCUUGAAGGUGGUGCUGUAGUGAAAAUGUUAAUGCCCAAUUUCGCAUCGGCUGACACAGUCCUAGGACAGAGCUGGCAUUUGCUUCGUGCUCAGUGCAGAUGUCCAUCCAGCCUCUGAAGAGACGAGGAUGUGGAUUCAUAAUGGGGAGGGAAGAAGCAUGUCCCGUCUGUCUCUGACGCGCUCCCCGGUUUCUCCUCUGGCUGCUCAAGGAAUUCCUCUCCCAGCUCAACUCACCAAGUCCAACGCUCCCGUGCACAUCGAUGUAGGAGGACACAUGUACACCAGCAGCCUGGCCACCCUGACCAAGUACCCAGACUCCAGAAUAAGUCGUCUGUUUAAUGGCACAGAGCCUAUUGUCCUGGACAGUUUAAAACAACAUUAUUUCAUUGAUCGAGAUGGGGAAAUUUUCAGAUAUAUAUUAAGCUUCCUAAGGACAUCUAAGCUACUGCUCCCAGAUGACUUUAAGGACUUUAAUCUUUUAUAUGAAGAAGCAAAGUAUUACCAGCUGCAGCCAAUGAUUAAGGAACUUGAGCGAUGGAAACAAGAGAAAGAACAAAGGAAACAUUUCCAGCCUUGUGACUGCUUGGUUGUAAGAGUGACUCCAGAUCUGGGGGAGAGAAUUGCACUGAGUGGGGAGAAGGCUUUGAUAGAAGAGAUCUUCCCGGAGACGGGGGAUGUGAUGUGCAACUCGGUGAACGCGGGCUGGAACCAGGACCCCACCCACGUUAUCAGGUUUCCCUUGAACGGGUACUGCCGGCUGAACUCCGUGCAGGUGCUCGAAAGAUUAUUUCAGAAGGGAUUUAACGUGGCAGCUUCCUGUGGUGGUGGGGUGGAUUCCUCCCAGUUCAGCGAAUACGUGCUGUGUCGCGAAGACAGACGACCACAACCCACCCCAACAAUCAGAAUAAAACAGGAGCCCCUGGACUAGACCCUCCCCGUGCCCCCUUUGUAACCGUAGAAGUGUUUAAUAGUCCCUUAUGUGAAACACUAAGGAUUUGCAAAACAGUAUUAGCAAACAGAUUUGGACUUUACGUUGCCCAUUAGUGGUAUUCUGAAACUACCUGUCACAUAGCCAGCCAUGGAGCGCGUUUGGAAAAGCGGCUGUCUGUCGUUCACGGUGGAGUUCCUGAGCACACCCAGCGUGGCAGGGCUGGGAUGGACUUUGGGCUGACCAGCAGUGGUGUGGAACAGGCAAAGCUUUGGAAACCCUGGCCCUGGACUGGACUUCUGCAGCAAGAGCCAUGGAAGCAGUGGAACCGACCAGCAGGAGCCCAGGGACACCCCAGAGCUGCGCUGUGGGGACGGGGCUGUCUGCGGGAGGAAGAACCCCAAAAACUGCACUGAGAACUUUCCCUGACCUGCCCCGCCUCCAUAUCAGAUGUGCUUCACACCCCAGCACCACAGUCACCUGGUGACAGUACUCACCCACAUGAGCAAAUGGCUUAUUUUUAUACUACAUUUCCAGCUGAGGUCUCUCUCUGUGAACAGGAUCCAGAACCAGAAAAGGACUGAUUCACAGUCACUGGUGCUCAGUACUUAAACCCCCCACAAACCAAACCAAACAAGUGACAAGAAAUUAGACAGGCCCAUUUAUGGCAAUAUUUGCAACUAUAGGGAUCUGGAAGCACAAAAUAAAAUGCCAUCCACCAUCACACGAGGGUCACAUACCCCAUGAGGAGCUGUAGCUCUUUUAAGGCCAACCUUGUUUUGACACAGCAACUGUUAAGUUUUGCAUCAUCAAAGAAGCGUGGUUCUACCAAACAAGCCACCCCUUGUUAAUCAUUUACUAACCAUGUUAGAAGCCCACAUUUAGCAGGAAAAGUUUAAAGAAUUUUGGACAAGCCCAUUCUUUAUGGGUCUGGAAUUCUUGCGAAGAGUUGUUAAAACCCUGUAUUGCCAUUGCCAGAUUAAAGCAGGCCGCCUUGGUUCAAAUUGCUUUAUUAUUUUAAAUUAUUAUUAAAAUUUGAAUUCUGUAGCUGCCCUCUAUCUGUGUAACUUUCUCUGUAACAAAGUCAGGGGUCUGUCUGCAGGAGGGUCCUGCUUCUGCCAGGACUUGGCACUGACUCACAGGGCUUUUUAACUCAGGAGACAGCACCAUGUUUGCAGGUGCAAGGCUAUAAAUAGCAUUCUGCUAAAUCCUGUUUAUUGCUGUUAAGCAUGAUUGGGUUCUCAAUCACUAAUUCAUGUGUUAAUCACAAUUUAGUUUCUUCCACAUUAAUUUAUAGAAUACUGUUGUAGAUGAUGAAUUUCAAUUAAACUCUUUUUACAUGCAUAAAUAUAGCCAAUGGAACAAGGGACAGAGUAUUAAGUGGUCAACAGUUCUUAAUACAAAUUGAUUGCAAUCAGGCAAAAUUUAAAAGUCACGUUUAAGACUAGUAUUUUUAAAAGCAAUGAGCUGUACUGACUAUCCAAGGUAAAAUCCAGGCAGGGGUCUAAUUUUUGGAAAAGGGCUGGAUACCUGUCCAUGGAAAAUCAGACCUCUGCAGGUUUUCUCACCUUGGUCACCCAACUCAGAAAUCUCUAAUGGCAAUCCUGGCCGGUUGGUCUGCUACCUUAGCAGAACAGUUGAGCAAAUCUGUCUACUUUAAGAGUUGUAAAGUUAUUUUAUUUUGUGGUUUUAUACUUGUACGACAUUCUAAAGUUGCUAGGCAUUGCCAUAUUUGAAUAUAUGGCACAACAUUCACCUUUGUAUGUAAGAUAUCUGUAGAAUUGUAUAUUAUACAUUUAAUAUUGUAAAGAACUUAACGUAUAAUUGUCAUGUAUUUGUGUAUGCACAUUUCUUAUACAGUACUUCAUGCCAUAAACAUUUCUGUAAAGUAAAUGAACAAAAACAAGCACGUAGGGUGGAACACUCACUGUAUCUCCCAUGUUGUUUGAAAGAGGUGAGAAUUUUUGAUUGCGUCUUCUCCAGCCCUUUGCUUCAUCCAGCUUGAUGUAGCCACGUCUUACAAAAAGAUAGAAGUGUUUUAUUUAUUACUUUCAUACCUUUAAGUCCAAAGUAUCCCUCAAUAGUCUAUUCAGGUUCUUGUUUUUAUCCUGUAUCCACUCCUGCCCUGCCCUCUGGCACGGGGUGAGCUGAGCCCUCCUGGCAGCACACCCUGUCCAGUUCUUACCUCUCAGCCAGGGAAUAAAGGUGAUAUUCUGAUAUUCCAUCCCAGGGGCCUGCUCCUGCCCCUGGUGCUCUCCCCAGGCAGCUCUGGGGAGCGCAGACUGGGAUGGUGCUUUUACACAUCUGUGGAACGUUGGAAGUAUUUGUGCUUGGUUGGUUGCUUGGUUGGUUUUUCCUCAGUUUGGUGUUUACUGUAUUUUUUUAUGGCUCAAUAAAGCAGCUCCCGUAGUUGGGGCAGCUUUGCUGAGGUGGCAUUGGAAAGGGUUCCAGGCUGCGCCAGCCGAGUUAAAUGUGAACUUGAGAUGGAAAGUUUAAACCAUGACAUCACAGCAUUGACUGCAAAACAGCACAAAGGCUAGGAAGACAUGUGGAAACAAUCACUUUCUUAGAAGAAAUAUGCCUUUAAAGAAAGAAAAAGUUAAGCUAGGACGUGUUCUUUUAGUUAGUAACUUCAGGUCACUUAUUUAAAGAUUAUUACAGUUUCAUUUAUAUAUUUUUUACUUAUUUCCCUGUAUUUUUAGGCAUCAAUAUCAACAAAAAACUGAUUUGAAUAUCUACUUCUGGCCUUAAACCACAGCAAGGUAACUUAACGAAGAACAUUGCUCAGCAUCACUGAGGUGUUUUAAAGUGAAGCUGGGGUGUGCAGCCAGCACACGUUUGCGUGGCCAAGGCCAAGAGGCAAAGCACAGCCUGGUGUUUCCCUGGUGCCACUGAGCAGAACUGUUCUGGGUCGCUGUCGCUGGACCAGCACGAGCUCCAGGAGCACUUUGUGUCCACGCUGUCCCAGCUCAAGAGAGUGAGGGAGAAUGUUCUGUUGUGCUUAUGGGCUCCUGGCUCCUCACAGCCACUGCUGAGUGCAUCCAUUCUCUCUACUGAUGGCACCGAGCUUUGUUGACAAUUUUAUUAGACGUUUCACAAAGGAUAAGAAUCAGCACAACAAAACAUUGAAGUUUUUGGGUUUAAUAUUUGUUUGUGGGUAUUCUGUUAAUAUUUUAAUGCAAAAUGUUUCUGACCAGUGCUUAAGAACUACAAGACAAUGUGAAAUUCAUGUUUGAUAAAUUAAUACUGUAUGUCA